UUACUAAUAUAAAGGUCGCAGCAGUGUUCAAUUUCUUGUCAGUGCGUAUAUCAGUUCGGUGGUCCACAUUGUACGGUCGACAUCGGUCCGAAAAUCAGUUGUAUAUAUUGGAGCGUAAUAAUAUACCUCUUCCCGUCUAUUUUCUAGUUAGAAGGAUGAAGUUGCUCGUAUGCUUGGUCCUUGUGUUCGCUUUCGCGGCCGUUAACGCUGGCACACCGUGCAAAGACGGAGAAGUCAGGAAGGCUGACUGCAAUACCUGCGUUUGUCGAAAUGGUAUCGAAGCAUGUACUCUAAGGCUAUGUCUUAACAGAUCCAGACAAACCAGAGAAGCUCGCCAGCCGGAAUGUACCCCUGGAGAAGUUACCAAACAGGAUUGUAAUACGUGCACUUGUACUUCAACCGGCAUCCUAAUAUGCACAAAGAAACGUUGUCUAAGAAGUGUAGGACAGGAGUGUACGCCAGGUGAAAGAGUUAAGCAAGAUUGCAACAUUUGCCAAUGCACUUCCGCAGGAGUUUUGGUCUGUCCCAAAGUAGGUUGCCCGAAAAGAAAGCGCGAAGCCGAUACCGCUGCUUUCCAUGAAUACCUCCUAAGGUCAAAAAGAGAAUCAGACAUCGCCGAAGACCUUAAAACCACACCAUGUGCCCCUAACGAUUUUUUCACGAUUGACUGCAAUACUUGUUACUGCAAUAUCGAUCGUAGCGGUUAUCUGUGCACCCAAAACAGCUGCUUGCACAGCGAAACGAUUGCCAGUUACGACAGUACCACCUCGAUCCCUCUGACCAACGGUACCCAACUUCUGAUCUUUAACGAAAGACAUGAAGUACUGGGCAAAAUAGACAACGUCAACAAAGAUCAACAUCAAGUGGACAACAACCUCAAUUUUAGCGGCGGCACAGCCGCAAUUCAUGCCGAAAACUCUAGUGAUGCUUUUGAGCCCGCAACCACUGAAAAAUCCACCGAAUUCAGCUGUAAACCUGGUCAAGUGUUCCACAAGGAUUGCAACACGUGCACUUGUACAUCCGACGGGAAAAACGCGAUAUGCUCUCUGAAAGCCUGUAUCUAGUUUUGGUUGUAGUAUUUUUUAUUGUUCAGUAAUGUAUUUACUUAGUGUAUUGUGAUGAUUUAGAUGUAUUAAUUUCCUUUUUUUUUAAGUUAGGUUAAGUUCAUGUUUUAUUUUUUUACGUACCUACCGGAUAGAAUGACGCCGUUGCAACGCGUAUAAUAAAUUUUUUUCUGGAUUGCGGCGAACUGACAAAUUUUAACCCAGGUGAAAUUUAAGCGGUAGCUAUGUUUUUAUUGAAAUUAUUACCUGUAUUAGUAUUAUUAAUUGAAAUGUAUGACGGAAAGAUUACUUAGCUGAAAUGCAUUGUACAAUAGAAAUAUAGAGUU